AUGAACUUCGAAUUCAACUAUAAAAUUGAUAAAAUAAUCAGAAAAGAGCAGCGAUCCAAAUCAAUCGAUCGAGAAAAUAAAGAAAAAUUGUUUAAAAACUACGAUGACUGAAAGCAGCAAAAAGAAGAAGAAUUUUCCUUAAAAAAGCAGCUGCAAGAUGCUUUUAGCCAAAAAAUCGAAGAAGAGAAAUUAAAACAAAACCAAGAAAAAGAAGAAAAUAAAAUAAUUUCUCAAUCUUCUUAUAAUAAUUGAAAAAGAAAAAAAAGAAGAGAAGAAAUAGAAAAGAAACGACAACAAGAAUUAGAAAAACUAAAUAAAGAGCAAGAAGAAAAAGAAAAAAAAGAGUUAGUUGAAAAAGAAUAUUUAGAGUGGUUUAAAGAAAAUCUUAGGAAGGAGCAAGAAAAACAAAAAGAAAAAGUCAAAAAAAGGAUUGAGGAAGCAAAGAAAAAGCAAGAAGAAGAAAGGAAAAAGAAAGAAAAACAAGAAGAUUUUCAAAAAGAAUUUCAAAAGUUUUUGCAGAGAUCAGCCAAAAAGGUAAAAGUUAACACUAAUCAGUCUCAAGAGGUAAAAAAAUCGGCAACUCCACUAUUGCUGGCAUAUUCACCCAAUAAGAAAAAUAAUUUGUCCACAAAUAAAUCAGGGAUAAGUAGGGAUAGUGAAUAUUCAAGUCAUUAUGAUGGCUCUAUAAAGGAUUAUCAAGCAAAUGAGAAGCCUGGAGAUCUAAACUAUAAUGAAUAUUCAGCUGAAUUUGAGUCAGAAAAUUAUUCAGAUGAUUUGGAGUCAGAUGAAGGGGAUUAUUAA